CUUUAGCAAAAACAACAAACAAUGCCUGGUGUUCAACAAUUUAAAACUUUGUACAUUUAAAUAGUCUUUGUUUUUAAUUCUAUUACUUUGCUGAAUAAAAUAAAUACCAAUACAGCUAUUAAACACUAAAACAAUCUCCAAAAGCAAAUCAUAUUUUGACAUGGUCUCCAUACAAAACUGUGUCGCACGGUGAUGUCAAUAGCCGUGGUUGACACCACCUACUCUUUGAUUUUGCAUGGUGGUGUCAAUAGCCGUAGUUGACACCAUCUACUCUUUGAUUUUGCUUGGGGGUGUCAAUAGCUGUAGUUGACACCACCGGUGGUGGCAAUAGCUUCUAGUUGACACCACCGGUGGUGGCAAUAGAGCUACCCAAAAUAAAUUCAUAGGGAUAAUAGCGGUAAAACGGACAAUACAAGUAAUGGUGAUCUGUACAGUGAUGAUGAUUUUUGUCAAUCUGAAAUUGAUCGUGAUCGUUAUUGGUUUGAGAAGGGCUACAGGGGUCUGACUAACUCAAAAAAAUUACAUGAAUCUAGAGAGUACAUAAAAUCGUUCAUAUACAAUGAAAUAGUAAAUAAUAAAAUUGAUAGUUCACGUAUAGCAAUCGGAGGUUUUUCACAAGGAGCGGCAUUAGCACUAUACACAGAAUUAACGUUUGAAUAUAAAUUAGGUUGUUCAUUUGUACUGAGUGGAUUUUUACCUAGUGAUAUCACGACAUUUAAUAACACGAUUAAAAAUCGUGUUAAUUUACGAACAAGUAUAUUUAUUAGUUAUGGAGGAAGAGAGGACAAAAAGUAUAUUGAUGAGAUUGAAUCAGUGAUUGAAGAUGUACUAAAAUUCAAUUCUAUCCCACAUGUGUAUAAAAAAUAUGAUGCUUUAGCUCAUGUUAUGUCAUUCGCCGAAUUAAUUGAUUUUUUGUUUAUGAUUGAUCCACGAUUUAUUAAAGCAAAAUUACAAGAAGGUAAACAAAUGCAAAAUAUUCAAACAUAUACACAAAUACUUCUAUUAACUGUUACUACUGGUUUACAUAUGCCUGGAAUAUUAGAAGAUUGGAGUCAUUUAAUCAAACAUGGUGAACAUUAUUAUAAAAAUUUAAAGAAUUAUCAAGAUUUUAAAUAUCAAUUACAAAAACUAUCGGAAGAUAUUGAUUCUCGCAACAAAAUAAGAAAUUAUCCAUUUGAAUCGUUUAAUCCAAAAUAUAUUGAAUGUUCAACAUCCGUUUAA